AUGACACGCUGGUCGAGCACGACGACCGCCGCGCUCGCGGCCCUUACUUUUUCCUCUUUGCCCACCGCGUUGGCGGCGACGAAGUCUCCAGGAUGCGGAAAGGAAGCGACAAUGACGUCGCCGAACGCCUACAACCUUACCAUUAACGAGAAAACGCGCUACUACUACCUCAAUGUGCCCGAAAACUACGACAACUCCCACGCCUACAAGCUCAUCUUCACCUUCCAUGCCCUGGGCGGAACUGCCUUCCAAGUGCGCGGCGGCAUCGGCGAGUACCUACCCUGGUACGGCCUGCCAGAGCAAGAUACCAAUAACAGCGCCAUCUACAUCGCUCCAGACGGCCUCAACACGAACGGGAUGACGGGCUGGCCGAACGAAGGGGGCGAGGACCUCGCGCUGGUAGACAAGAUCAUCAAGACCGUCGAGGCAGACCUGUGCAUCGACCAAGAGCACCGCUACAGCACGGGCUUCAGCUACGGCGGCGCCAUGUCAGGCGCCAUCGCUUGCGAUCGCGCCGACGACUUCAAGGCCGUCGCGGUGCUGAGCGGUGCCGAGUUGAGUGGGUGCGAGAACGGCACAACGCCGAUUCCGUACUAUGGCCAGCAUGGCGUGAAUGACACGGUGCUUCCGCCUGAGCUUGGCAGGGAACUGCGCGAUAAGUUUGUUAAGAACAAUGGCUGCGAUGCUGCGGAGCCUGAGGAGCCCGAUAUUGGCAGCGGGAUUCACAUCAGGACUGAGUACAAGAACUGCGAUUACCCUGUCACUUGGGUUGCUUUUGAUGGUCCGCACUCCGCGAAGUAUACGGAUGUUGGUGUUGAGAAGAGUUUUUCGCCGGAGGAGACGUGGAGGUUCUUUGAAAAGUUCCCUCAGGAGGCUUAA